CUCAUUUUAGGUAUUUGGGUUUAAAAAUACGUCAUGUCGGGGUUCACAACACGUCGUUCGGGAUUGUUCUGGUUCAUUGGUGACAGAUGCGAGUGGUGACGAUUGGUCAGGAUUAUCGACUUGUCGUCUUUUGAUUGGUUAUAAUUGCGAGCUUCUAAUGUAUAUUUCUUUCUCGGCUUCUUGUAUAAUAUACAGGAUCACUUCUCGUAGUCGAGCUGACGUCUUUGAUUCAAGACUUGUAAAAGAGAAAACACAGCUACAUUAUCGCGAUGGACGACAUCAUAUUACAUCACCCUUUUAUUCUUAUUCCAAUUAUCGUGAUUGUAAUUAUUGGACUUAUUGGCGGAUGCAUCUACUGUUUGUGUUGUAGUGAUAACAACGAGUACGGGAAACUGAACAUCAACACAGGCGAAUACGACAAUGAUAUUCCUGAAGUUAGGAUUUCGACUUCAAAGACCCUUGACUUACACGGGAUGGAUGCCAACAAUGCGAAGUCUGAACUGGAAUGGUUUCUGGAACGAAAGGAACAAGAACGAAAGUGGUGUAAUGGCAGCAUGACACUGACAAUCAUAACAGGGAAAGGUAACCACAGCCCCCAUGGACACCCCGUUCUGAAGCCGGUAGUCAAGAAAUACCUGGAAAACAAGGGCGACACACAUAAUGUAGAUCCCCAAAAUACGGGUCGUCUCUUUGUUCAGCUACUAUGAUGGUGCUGUAACGGUGUUAGAACCUACACCGAAACGUCGCUCUUAAUUGUAAUAAAGAAGUUGUUCAUCCAUAAAUUCUUAUCCUUACUUACUAUGAUGUAGUUUAAGGAAGGAUUUUUCGCCUCCUCCGUGGUAGAGCGUCCGCCCGGGGAGGGGAAGGUCCAGGUUACCAAAAGACGUUAAAAGAUGGUACUUGUUGUUACCCUGUCUUGCGCUCGGCAUCUAAUGAAAUUAUGUGGAGACAUUUUCUGAUGAUAGUAUUGAUACUUUGUGUAUUAUAAACAAUAAAUAAAACAUUUUGUCACAGUCAUCCUUUUUUUGUAUUAAUU